AAAGCAAUAUAAACAAAGUCUGAAUCAGGGCACAGACAGGCAACACUGCAUCAAACUGCAUCUAACAACCCUACAGAACACAGGGACAAACUACAGGGGCAAGACUUGGGGCCUGUCUGUCCUGUAAAAUGAGUGAUCAAGACUGGCACCGUGUUUUCAAUAGCAAGGCUGCGAAGCUGAACAAACCAGACAGCUGGAAACUGCUAUUUGAUGACACAAUUGAGGCUACCGAGGCAGGUUGGGGGGAGUAUAUCAGAAGCGUUUUCUCAAGGUUCAGCUGCUCCUGUUGUGGUCACAAAUGGGCCUCCAGCAAGGUGCAAAUGGUGUUCCACAUGCGCCUGGACACCUCUAAUCACCAAGGCACAGUGAGGGUGCGGCGAUACCGACAGAACUGCAAAACGUGCCCAGGCGCUGCCUUCGAAAAGCCCACAGUCAGCACCAUGGACCUGGAGAAGGUAAUGGACAAGCUGAUGGAGAAGAUCCUGGUCAAAUGUUACCAAGAGGAGAGUAACACACCAAGCAGACCCUUCCAACCAGAAAGGGUCUUGAAGGGCCCCCACCUGUCCGGUCACUGUGAAGCCUGCAUCAAGGGCAUCUGCACCCUGAGCGGGUGAGCAGGACACCCAGAACUGGG